ACGUAUGCUAGUAGAAUUUUUUUUUAAAUGUUGUCCUUCCCAAAGAACAAAACAAAAGAUAAUAAUUUGGCCUUUUUCUUUUACACGAAUUUGGGUCUUCGUGUAUUCCAUUACAAAUCCUAUUAAAUGACAAUGUUUUCGCUUAAAACAAAAAAAAUUAAUGGAUCCUAAAUAUAUUAAAUCCACUGUCAACAUCAUGCUGUGCACAUACAUACCUCAUCUUCAUAAGAACGGACUUUGAAAAAAUACUAAAACAACGAUAGGAACAUUAAAAUAAUCAUUAUCGUAAAGUCUUUGAAAAAUUAAACAUUCAAAAAUGUCGAGUGGUUACAAAAACCGGAGCGUCACCACGCCUUUUUGUGCUUAGAGUGGUUUGUACAUUCAGAGAGCAAAUACGAUGUCGUUUGACUAAAAUUUAAAAAAUCGAUUUAUAUACUUAUGGUUUUGUCGCGAAACCAAAAUCUGUGAAACAGCGAAAUAUGUGCCGUUUGUUUCCUUUCACUGCUGCUUCCUUUCUUCUUCAGUGAAUAAGAUAUGGAAAUGGAGCCAAUGGUGAUUGAGGUGAAAGAAAUAGAUAUGGAGUACGAGUUCGACGCAGCUCGGUGGUAUGAUUUCACUCGGAUGGAGUUACCGGCAGAGUCUGAGGCAGCCGAGCUCUGGUUUCACUCUGCUCCCUCCUACGCGCCUUCUCCUUUCGUCACAACAUUGUUACUUAUAGAGGAGGUUUCUCAUGACAAGACCGAGGAGGAUGAGAAAGUCACAGCAGAUGUUUGUGGCAUAGAUAGAGAAAUCUAUCAUCAGCAUCCACAUUUGAAUAAGAAUGGGCCUCCGGUUAGCAAUCACAAACACAAUGAUAAUAAACCAAAGCUCCGAGCUAAAUCAAGCAUCAGACCAUCUCCAAGGAGCUCAACGUUAAUGAGACCUACUGCUAGUCAGUUAGCUAAACAAAAUUAUGCCAGAAAAUUCCCUAUGCAAGUGGAUAAAAUUCAUGAGAAAGGCUUAUGUGGGACCAAAGUUCAAGCGGCUAAAAGACAGAAGCUUGACGGAGGUCUUCUUCGUAAGGUUGCUGGUACAAAGCAGGAGAUGAGUUUUGUUCACAAGAUACCCAAGAAGGAUACAACUCUUGAUAGAAACUCACAACAUACGAGGAUAAAACUUACUACUCCACAUGAGCAUGAUUUUGCUACAUCGCAGAGGGCACACAAGAUACGACACAAUAAUGAUCAGAAGUUAGAACAGGACUCAACAGCUGUAUAUAGAUUCAAAGCACGUCCAUUUAACCGAAAGAUAUUUGAUGCUCCAUCAUUGCCUGUCCGGAAAAAGAGCACUCCAAAACUAACUGAGUUCCAAGAAUUUCAUUUGAAGACUUCAGAAAGGGCUAUGCAACAUUCUUCAGCAGUAACAAAAAGGUCUAAUCAAUGGAAUCAUGCGUAUAAGGGGCCAGACAAGUCUAAUAUAACUGAUGUGUUUGACGGUGUUAGCAUGGAAAGUAGGAGACCAAGCGGAAUGGAUAUAUCUAAGCAUGAUCUCUCGGAGGGCAAACACGUUUUUAAAGCUCGUCCUCUGAGCAAGAAGUUUCCUGAUAAGGAUGAAACUGAUUCCGAGAUGGCAACACAGGAGUUUAAUUUCCAACCGGAAAAGAGAGUUCAAAAAGAUUUACCAACAGACCUUUUCAGCAAGCUCUCCAUCAAAUCCGAGCUCAAGCAAAACAAUGGAUCACGCCUAAGAUUUACUCAAGCAAAGGGCUUCAAGGAAAAUAGAGUGAACUCUUUCCAAGCAGGGAAUGAGGUAACACCAAUUGCAGCUCAAAAAACGCUAUCUUCAGCUGGACAACAGAUACAUUCUGGUCAUAGGGGAAUAAUUCUUGAAACAAAACAACGAUGGACCGCUAGUAGGAGCUUUGCAUACGCUGAUGGUAUAUAGAAAAAGCUUUUGUAGUAUCUGGAAUCAUCAUCACCAUCAACUCCUUUUGUACAUUCAGAUUUGGUUCUCUUCUCAAUCUGAUCCUGUGGUGUAACUCCUCCAUCGCAAAGCUAACAUGUUAAAAUCCAGAGAAGUAGAACUAGGAGGGAGGAAAGGCAAAAUCAAACCAGAUUCUUCACUUCUUACAUCUCUUUUUACAUUUAGUAUAAGAAAAAGAAAAAUAGAAAAAUGUAAAUCUGAAACACUCUCAACUUCUUAAUACACAUGUGGUUCAUAGAGCAUAUCUCGUUCUACUCAUUUCUUCUAACGCUUACUUUGUUACAAAUCA